GACCCCCCCGCGCGGCCUCACAGUCUUCGCCUCCACCUCCCAGUCGGGUUGCGGCCGAGGCCGGUCCUGGCUUUGUAGCUCGCUCAAGAUGGCGGCGCAACCACCCAGCGGGAUCCGCCUCAGCGCGCUGUGCCCCAAGUUUUUACAUACAAAUUCCACCAGUCACACUUGGCCAUUCAGUGCAGUUGCUGAAUUAAUAGAUAAUGCUUAUGAUCCUGAUGUGAAUGCUAAACAGAUAUGGAUUGACAAAACAGUGAUAAAUGACCAUAUAUGCUUGACGUUCACUGAUAAUGGGAAUGGUAUGAAUUCAGAUAAAUUACAUAAAAUGCUAAGCUUUGGCUUCAGUGAUAAAGUCACCAUGAAUGGUCAUGUCCCAGUUGGAUUGUAUGGGAAUGGCUUCAAGUCAGGUUCUAUGCGUUUGGGUAAAGAUGCAAUUGUUUUUACCAAAAAUGGAGAAAGCAUGAGCGUGGGCUUCUUGUCUCAGACCUACUUGGAAGUCAUAAAAGCAGAACAUGUUGUUGUCCCAAUAGUGGCCUUCAACAAACACCGACAAAUGAUUAAUUUAGCAGAAUCAAAAGCAAGCCUUUCUGCAAUUCUGGAACAUUCUCUGUUUACUACGGAACAGAAAUUACUGGCAGAACUUGAUGCUAUUAUGGGUAAGAAGGGGACAAGGAUCAUCAUUUGGAAUCUUAGAAGCUACAAAAGUACAACAGAGUUUGAUUUUGAUAAGGAUAAAUAUGACAUCAGAAUUCCAGAAGAUUUAGAUGACACAACUGGGAAGAAAGGUUAUAAGAAGCAAGAAAGGAUGGACCAAAUUGCCCCUGAGAGUGACUAUUCCCUGAGGGCUUACUGCAGUAUAUUAUAUCUGAAGCCAAGAAUGCAGAUCAUCUUACGAGGACAGAAAGUGAAGACACAGCUAGUGUCGAAGAGUCUUGCCUAUAUCGAACGUGAUGUUUACCGACCAAAAUUUUUAACUAAAACGGUGAGAAUUACUUUUGGAUUCAACUGCAGAAAUAAAGAUCAUUAUGGGAUAAUGAUGUAUCACAGAAAUAGGCUUAUCAAAGCUUAUGAAAAAGUUGGAUGUCAGUUAAGGGCAAACAACAUGGGUGUUGGAGUAGUGGGAAUUAUAGAGUGUAAUUUCCUAAAGCCAACUCAUAAUAAACAGGAUUUUGACUAUACUAAUGAGUACAGACUUACAAUAGCAGCACUAGGAGAAAAGCUGAAUGACUACUGGAAUGAAAUGAAAGUGAAGAAAAAUGCAGAAUAUCCUCUAAAUUUGCCAGUUGAAGAUAUACAGAAACGUCCUGAUCAGACAUGGGUUCAGUGUGAUGCGUGUCUAAAGUGGCGAAAAUUACCAGAUGGGAUAGAUCAACUUCCAGAAAAAUGGUAUUGCUCCAAUAACCCUGACCCACAGUUCAGAAAUUGUGAUGUUCCAGAAGAACCUGAAGAUGAGGAUUUAGUACAUCCCACUUAUGAAAAAACCUACAAAAAGAAAGAGAAGGAAAAAUUCAGGAUCAGACAACUGGAAAUGGUCCCUCAGAUUAAUCAUGAAUUGUUGCUUCGGCCAGCCCCUGUGUCAAGGCAAAGUUUUUCUCCCGUGAAGGAAGGUGUUCCAAGAGGACAUCUUUCAGAAGCAGCUAAUACUUAUGCAACAAGACUUAUAAAUAACCAUCGAGGUUCACCCCAGUCUGAACCUGAUAGCAACAACCUGAAACGGAGACUCUCUACUCGUUCUUCAAUUUUGAAUGCAAAGAAUCAGAGAUUGAGUAAUCAAACAUUUGAAAAUUCAGCUUAUAAGGACGAUGAUGAAGAUGUUAUCAUCUUAGAAGAAAACAGUACUCCCAAGCCUGCUGUAGAUCAUGAUAUUGAAAUGAAAUCAGAACAGAGUCAUGUUGAGCAAAGCAGUGUUCAAGCCGAGCCUGUGGGUGAUAAUGAAUCUUGUGGCCAGAUUGGUUCACUAGGCACGUCAUCAUCCAGGUGUGAUCAGGGAACUGCUGCAGCUACCCAGACUGAAGUACCAGGUUUGGUUGUUAAAAAGGAAGAGACUGUUGAAGAUGAGAUAGAUGCAAGAAAUGAUACAGCUGUGCUGCCAUCUUGCGUGGAAGCUGAAGGAAAGACUCAUGAAACCCAGGAAACCUUUGAUAAAUCUGCGGGUGAUGCUGAUUGCCAGUUAAAUGAACUGAGAAAUGAGCUGCUUCUAGUUACCCAAGAAAAAGAAAAUUAUAAAAGACAAUGUCAUGUGUUUACUGACCAAAUCAAAGUGUUACAGCAGAGGAUACUGGAAAUGAAUGACAAAUACGUGAAGAAGGAAACUUGCCAUCAAUCUACCGAAACUGAUGCUCUAUUUUUACAUGAAAGUAUUAACGGUAAAUCUGAAAGUCCAGAUCAUAUGGUCUCUCAGUAUAGGCAAGCUUUGGAAGAAAUAGAAAGGCUGAAAAAACAGUGUAGUGCUUUGCAGCACGUCAAGGCAGAAUGCAGUCAGUGUUCCAGUAGUGAGAGUAAGAGUGAAGUGGAUGAAAUGGUUGUGCAGCUUGACGAUGUAUUCAGGCAGCUGGACAAAUGCAGCAUCGAGAGGGACCAGUUUAAAAGUGAGGUUGAAUUAUUGGAAAUGGAAAAAUCACAAAUCCGUUCACAGUGUGAAGAACUGAAGACUGAAAUAGAACAAUUAAAAUCUACAAGUCGACAGAUAGGAACGGAUGUUUCAACUUCGAGUAACACUGAGGAGUCUGUAAAUUAUACUGAUGGGGAAAGCCUCAAACUUCGAUCUCUUCGAGUUAACGUAGGACAGCUGCUGGCCAUGAUUGUACCUGAUCUCGAUCUUCAGCAAGUGAAUUAUGAUGUUGAUGUAGUUGAUGAAAUUUUAGGACAAGUUGUUGAACAAAUGAGUGAAAUCAGUAGUACCUAAAGUAUAUUUUAUGUGAGAUAAUAAAAAUAUUUGCUCAGUCCUUUUGGUUGUACAGUUUUGAAAAUGUAAACAAAUUUGUUUUAUAGAUAUGAUAGGUAACAGACUGAAGAACCAUAAUCUUUAUUCUAUGCAUUCAAGCGUGGCCACAAAUACUGUGGACACAUUCUCACUUCUUUGAAAUGCCUGUGAAUCAUUGGUAUUGAGCGGCUGAAUAGCUGGCUCAUGAUUCUGUUCUGAAAUGUAAAUAUUUGUAAUUAAGUCUGCACAUAUUUUUUUAUUACCCUAGAAGAUUUAAGUGUUUUUCACCAAGAGGUUUUCAGGCUGCCCCUAACCUUUCUGUAAUCUUUUCUGGUUCCCUAAAGUGUAUUUUUCUCUAAACUGAGGGCUGUGCCAUAAUACAAAUGGAAAUGUUACCUUUGAUUUUCUUACAGAGAAGUUUAAACAGGAUUUUUAAAGAAUGGAAUAACACUCUUGAUAAGAUAAGUUGUAAGUGAAUUGAGCAUUACUGUUUCUUUUCUAUAAAUUCUUAUCUCCUGAAUAUCUUAUUCAUGAAAAUAAAGUAAGCAGAAACUCUCCAUCCAUUUUGCCAGGAUUUUUCUUCUGCUGAGAUUGCCAAUCAUGGUUAAACACAAAGUGUUUUUAUAGAACAAAGAAAUUAUCUUAGUAUAAAAAAGUAUCAAAAAUAUGAAAUGUUCCACCACGUUUAUUUUGAAGCCCAUUUUUGGCUGCUUAAUCGGCAUGGAGUGGGCACAAGAAUUGUUAAUAUUUCUUUUUGUGAAAUUUCCUGUACAGCCUUUUGUAGGAUUACUACAGGUUAAUGUGAGUUGAGGAAGACAGUCUUUCUCAAACAAAACUGCAUACCUUUUAUUAUAUUACAAACCUAAGUGUUUUAUAUCCUGGAGUUAAGCAACAAAAUGCCCUAGGAUUAUAGUAUUACAUGCCAUAAAAUUUAUGCUUCAUUUGUCCCAUGUUUUGUGCAAUUUUAAAGAGAUGGCUUUCUAUUAAUUAUAACUAUGUAUAUAUAAUUAAGAAUCAUAUUUUCCACAACUAAAAUGUGCAUUAUUUUUUCAAAGUUUUAUCAUGCUAUUUAUUUUUACUUUUGUUUCUGAACAUUCAUGUUCCUUUUAUAUGGAUGCUUAAUUAUGUCUGUCAUAUACAGUAUUACAUUUUUACUGUACAUUAACUUCUAGAAAAAGCAAAUAAAUGAAGAUUGUUUUUAUUUGCUUGAGAAAGUAAUUGAAAGUGUAUUUUUGGUAUGAAGCUGGUUUUCUGUCAUAACUGUAUCUGCCCAAAUUUUAAAAUAUCUUGUAAUAAAAUAAAAUAUAUAUAUGAUGGCUAACUCUUCAGAUAUUACUUUUAAAGAGUCCUAUAUUCAAAUUAUAUUUUGAAAACUAAAGUUGUGUCCAUGAAGACCCUCCAGUUGAGGGGCCAGCCCGGUGGCGC